AAUUUCCUCGGACUUGGAUGAAUUGAUUAGAGGCCUGUUGGUCCGUCACAUGUCACCGGGAGGCCUGCACAGCUCAUUAGGAAACUCCAGCAGCCCUGCCAUUGGAACAAUCAACAACCAGUCAAUCAUUGUCUGGAGCUGGCCCGACCAAGUCACUUCACAACGUGCAGUGUGAGUAGCGGGCUUCGUAGCGGGAGCUGCUUGAUCGCCAACACCGGUAGCUGGGGUGCUCGUCCCCGUGGCUUCUGCGUUGAGCAGCCUGGUGAUGAAUUAGCCAGCACCGGCCCACAAUAAGAAUUAAGCUCAUUCCCCAUUGAGCGCGAAAAGCAGUGACUCACAGCAGACAAGAGGGCCCCUUUGAGACUGAACAUUAACAUUAGAACAAUUUGCACUGAGACUCUUUGAUAUUUUGCAAUACAAUUUGGGGGAAAACGCUCCACAAAAUUCAGCACAAGCCUGAAAAAUCGUUUUUGAGCUGACGACCUGCAAUCUGAGGUGGUCUGGUUUUUCAAUCCAGGAAACAUUUCAGUCAUGGAAGUACUGCGGAACUUGGAGGCCUGCGGUACUAGCCAGCUGGCCGCUGCUCGCAGGAUCAUCUGUACCGGUUUCCUAGCUCUGCUCGUCUUGUUCAUUCUCCUACCGACUGCCGCCGUCAGUCAGCGGGCCACGUACCCUUCUCAACCAGUAUCUAGCAGUCAUCACGGCCAUCACUAUCGGACCAGGGGAAGCAACUGGUGCGACUUCAUAGUAACCAGGCAGGUGUCGUGCGCGAUUCGAAAUGGCACAGAGAUGUACGUACAGAGGACCACGCCCAAUUGGUGCAAGUACCAACUACAGUCACUUUACGGGUCAUUCGGCAGGAAAGACUGCGAUAAGACGUCAUACAGGAUAAUGUUUCGGCCGAGAUAUUACAUCGGUCUUCGUACCGUAGAGACAAGAGAGCGUAGGUGUUGCCCGGGAUUCAGCGGACAGAACUGUGACAGAGUUUGCUUCAAUUGCUCCCAAAUAGACGAAUUACGCCAAAAGGUCGACAGAUUGUUAACAGGCUCUCAAUCGUCACCGUUACCCAACACGCAGUACGUUAACAAUAUUCCCUCCAGCGGCACCCGGCCAGGCGAGUCUGUCAUGGGGCACACCGGUCCCGCUGGGCCCGCUGGUCCGAGGGGACCCUCAGGACCUAGGGGACCACCAGGACUCCGCGGGCUACCCGGGGAUGCAGGAAUGCCCGGGCAGACGGGCGAGCCUGGCCAGGCCGGCCCUCCUGGCCCUCGAGGGCCGCAGGGGCCCCCGGGGCCGCCCGGUCCCGCUGCACCAGGUAUUCAGGGGGCACCAGGUGAACCAGGACCGCCGGGACCUGUGGGAUCUAACGGAGACGCUCACGGUCUUAAUGUUUCUGCGGUUGAAUUAGAGGCUCUUCUGGUGGAGAUAGCUGAGUUGCGAAGCAGAGUGUCAUUCCUAGAACAAGUAUUUAUAAUACAGUCGGGUGGUAUCCCCGAUCCCAGCAACGACGCCUCCAUGAGCCCCUUAUUCCCAUCCAAGCCCAGCAUCGAGACGAUCAUCAACCCUCCGGGUUACCCCACCGAUAUUCCCGAUCGCAGCGGUCGGCCCGGCCUGCCAGAUCUCAACACCGAAUUGAAGGCCCCCACGGAGUUACCGGCCAGCGUGAGCCCGGUCACGGAGGCUUCCGGCUUGGGUGACGCGGGCGAUCUAGGUAUAUUACCCCAACCGGACGGCCGUCUCACUCUCGAUAUAGGGUUAGUUCCUGUCGCCGUUUCUGGAAUGAAGGAAUCGGAAAUACAAGACGAACCGAAAGACGACAAAAACGUUCCAUGAACAGGAUUCGGUAAAUUGGAACAACAUCCUUACAUUGUUCUUCACUUGUACUAAUGAUAACGGCGAAAACUAUCUAUGUGAUUCCUUGCACGGAGUAUCAAGGUGAAAGACAGCCAUGGUAACUUCCUUCAUUAAACGACGAUAAUUCUUCAGGAUUUUUUCACUGGCAUUUGUAAGCAAAGUGGAAAUUUCUGAACAGAGAGGAAACGGAAUGUGUGAACAAGAUAAAAUACUAAUGCUGAGAAUUGUUUUAGUCACACCGACUGCCAAACUGCACACUUUAGUGAUUGUUUUGACUAAUUUUUAAAUGACAGAAGGGGAAUUUCAUCUCUAAACUCCCAAAGUUUGGACGUAAAGAGUGUCAAGAGCUGCUGUAUUUUGUAAGUCAGUGGCGUAGCCAGCCUCUUGUCGGGGAGGAGAGGGGAGCAAGAGUUCCCAUCAUUAGUGGUACGGUAGUUGCUCCCCUUGCUUCCCCUCUUCACCACUGUUGUCAGUUUGCCACUGGAGUUUUACGGUUUCAUCUUUAUUGUUCUGUGCUAAAUUGAAAUCGAAGUUAACCGCAAGAUUUGAAUGUGCGCUGGCUCCAAGGGCAAAUCCGGGUGUGGGGGGGGGGCGGGGGCCAACCCCCCUGAGCAUCCAUAAAUGGCUCUGCAGUAGGUCUCUGUGUCGGGAAUACGAGUUACCUGCCAAAAAUAGUUCAAUCUUGGCAGAAUUUAUCCACGCAUGAAUAUGUUGGGUACGUUUGAUAGAUCACGUGACUGUUCUACUGCGCUACUUGCCCAAUGCUAAAUUUACCGAUCCUACCGUAUCAGUCCCUUUUCCUUAUAAUUAUUCACAGCUGUGGACGACUGUUUGAAUCGUGAAAUUAGGCUUUGGUGAACCAUUAACCGAUAACGUAAGCAAUCGACCGGUAUAUAGGGCAUAUCCAACGAUUUAAUGCCACCAAAUAAUGUUCGAGUGUAUACUUCAGUAUUGAACUGGAAUUCCAUACUAAGCAAGAGCUCAGCUGCCAUUUGGUACGACAGGUCAUCAGCUAACUACUAUGCAUUACAUUGUAAAUAUACUUUUUCUUUCCUUUUUUUAAAAUUUAAUGUUCUUCUCUGACAAAUGCUGCAUAUUUUUUAAAAAGAUGUUUGGCACUGACAUAGAAUGGAAUAAAAGUGACACAUUGACCCUUCUUUUGCUACACCACAAUCGUAGUCUUUGCCAACCAUCUUCGUGCAAGCUAUGGCUGACUGCAAGUACAAAAUGAAAAGAAUAACUCAAGAAGUACAGGGUGUCCACAUGAAAAGUAUACUGAGAUAAAACUACUUUGAUGGGAAAACUGCGUUUAUAUUGGACAGAGAAUGUAUCUCUAGAAACGGCAGAAUGUCCUCUUUGCAGCGUUAUUGACACAGAUGAGUCAACAAACUAAAUUUAUGUUGAAGUUACUGAAAUUGGCACUGUGACAAGUUUGCAUAGUUGAUUAACAAGGCUUAACCAUGCAAGUGUGCAGAAUAAAUACCAAAGGCCUUUGUUUAAGAACACAUUCUUGAAAACCAGGAAUGUACCUAAAUCAAUCCAAUCUGCUUUGUUUUUGCUACUUACUUCAUAAGUUUAAUGUGCUGUGCCCUCCACAUGGCAACCAUUCCUGUCAAUGCACAUCUGACAUCUUCGUAAUACGUCCUUUACUGCUCGUACGACGUUUGACUUUUGUUAUUCAAAACAUGCAUACUUGCCACAGUUCUGAUUUAAGUACCUUUAACGUCAGUCUAGUUUGUUCACUCAUCAGUGUCACUAACAUCAAAAGCUGUUGACCACUGCAAAGAGGACAUUCCGCCUUCUCUAGAUAUAUUUCUCUUUUCCCAUGCAUAAAAUAGUUUUGUCAUUACAGUAGUUUCUAUCUCGGUAUACUUUUUAUGUGAACACGUUCUAUAUAUACUCUAACACUGCUUUUAAAUUCACGGUAAAUGGUAAAAAACUACUGAUAACAUACUUAAUUGAAGUACCUCUCUUUUUUCACACCAAUUGAGGCUUAAAUGUGCAUCUUUUACGCCAAAGCUGUUGCCAACACCGGUCAACUUUUUGAACUCCUGUGCAAAAUGGCGGUCGAUAUUUGCAAACAGAAGGAAGGUAAUUUGCCUUGAACAAAGUUGGUGGAGCAAGCACCUGCUUUCCUGAAUGAGCAGUUAAUUUGCAACGGCACUUAAAAGAGCACCUGCUACUAAUGCAAUUUUACACGUUUAUCACUAUAUUUUCAUGGCAUAAAUUUGAUAAACGUGACUUUUUAUAUUGGAGCUUGUUUUAUCGUAAAUUGUAUCCUUCCUAAUUUACUGGACACUCAACAACAUCGUUUAGUUAUGAGUUUUGUAAGAUAAUUUUAACAUUAUUUAAGUAUAACUUAAACUGGGGGAAAUCAUUAUACAUCAGUAUUGUUGUAAUUAGAUUAGACUAAGUUAGAUAGAAGUAAUUUUAAGGUUAAUAAUUUCCUUCUCACAGUUUAGUUCCUUGCCCAUUUCAUGCCAUUGGCUUUGAAUAGCCUCACCUCCCACGAACCAGAAAGGAAAUGGAGAAUGCUCCCCGCCUAGAAACACUUUUUUUUUAAUUCCUGCAUGAUUACCAAGAAUUCUUUCAGCUUUCUGGAAAUUGAGGAUCCUCAAGUACGAAAGAGACUUACCCUGGGGUUUCCCUUGCUUUUCUAACUGCUCAAACCCAAUGUUUAACCAAGCCCCCAUCCGUCAAUGACCGGUCAAAGUUUCCUCCCCCCACGAACUUAGCAUGUCCAGAUAUCCCACAGGCCCCUUGUCUAAAACGACCAUAUUUAAGUCCAGUUACACUCGGUAUCCGUUUUCAGCGAGUCUGGAUGUCCCAACUGUGGCCAUACUGCAUGCCCCUUCUCAAUAAGAUCCGAUGUAUUCUCAAGCUCACUGGAAGUAUCCAAUCCAAUUUCUCCAGAUCUCAAUACCCCAAACUGUACACAUACAUGCGCGAAGUGUUUCACACAGCGUGGACGCUCCACUAACUGGACACUGCAGUUUAAUAUUUAUUCAUUCGUGUAUUUUCAUUCCCAAAGGUGGGCCCUUGGAAAAAAAAAUUACAAAUCCUUGGAAAGUUCCUACACUUCAUAGGUUGGGUUCAGUACUACAGACAACCCUAAAAGUAACAUGGUAGGUCAUAUGGAGGUAGUCUUGGCAAUAAAACAAUUGUUUCUAACAUGAA